CAUUCUAGCUUACUACUUGAACAAAAUCAUCAUGAGUGCAUCACCUCCACCGUUGCCUUCUCGCGACACCCCCACCAAUCUCGUACACAGUGAAGAAGAGGCAGAGUUGGCGGCAGGAAAGUUUUCCGGGUUGAAAAUCCAUGUUAAUGACGCAACCUCUGCUACUGCCAACACAAACAUUACCCCAAACCCUGAUACCUUGUCUGUGCUUUUGUUUGAAAGACAAUUGUCUACGUACGCACUGCCCGUUAUGAACGAAAUGUCAGAUAUGUUCUCCAUCAAGAGCUUGAGCGAGGAAGCUAUCAAGAAGCAGACUGAGAGUAUUCUUCAGAGUGGUGAUGGUGAAGAAAAAAGGCUCGAGGAUGCUCUCGUGGAAGGGAUUCCAUCGCAGCUCCGGAGCUUGGUGUAUUUGAAGGCGUUUCAUGUGAAGUACCAAUUGAGCAAAGAGAGAUACAACAGCUUGUUGAACAAGAGUAUUCACGCCGAUUUACCCUUCAAAGACAAGAUCGAUGCCAUAAAAGAACCGAAGAUUCGUGAUGCUCUCAGGGUAUUCAACUACUAUGUCAAUGAAGUGGUGACUUCAGCUUCAAAUAAGAUAGAGGUCGGCAACAACGGAAGUUUUAAUCAUGAGAUUGUAAAGGCACAGGAUAAGAGCAAACAGUUGCAAACAAUCAUUCAAAUUGGCCAGUUGUUGACAAACGUUCCUGGGUUGACUGAAGAGCAAGCAUUGUAUCUUUUGUUGAAAUUCAAUAAGGUAUUAUGCAACACAAAUUUUAGCGAGUUGUACUACGAAAUCAGCAGGGCACUCGAAGACGAGGUGGACGAAGUGUUUGCCCAUAUAGCCAAACAAGGUAUCAACAUAAAGAACAUAAUACUACACCAGGUUGAAGGUCUACUCGAUAGUAUUGACGACCAAGCUAUUGGCUUGGAAACAUUGGACUUUAUUGUGUUCCAAGGGUUUACGUGGUUGAGUCGUCGUUUCGUCCACAUAUUCACAAGAGCACAAGAGCAUAUACUAAGCCUUGAAGGAGACAAGCUCUCGCAGUACCUCCAGAGUCCUGAUCUUUUACAAGUGAUAAUCGACUCUAACAGCAGACAGACCCUUGAGUACCAUCCUGAUAUCAUCAAGUACGAAAAUGAGUACUAUCUCAUCCAUGUCAACUCAUUAAACAACAACAACUAUGAAUUGGUCAAUUGCAAGGAGAUUAAUGAAGAACUCAACCUUAAGAUUCUGGUGCUUAACGGCGAAAUAGACAGUUUGAGGACAACCCACGUAGAAAUAUUGGGCCAGUUCAAGCAAUACCAAGAAGAUGUGGAUAAAAACGAGCAGUUAAAUGACCAGCUCAACGGGAAGUAUAACGAGUUAAAAGCUAGGUUUGAGAAACUCACCAUGAAAGCCAACUUGGACAAUACCAUCAAGGCCAACAAGGAGUUUAGUGAGAGAAAUUCGGAGCUCGAGGCACAAAUCGAACAGCUCAAGGCCAGCAUCGCAAAGAAGUCAGAGAAGGUCGCCAAGUAUACGUAGGACUGUUAGUAUGAGCGAAUAUGUAAAUAUGAUGCAAUUUAUGAAUUAUACGAAUUAAGGUUAUUAAAGUUGGGUGAUGCGCGCAAAGCGUCUUUUGACAAAUUGAAGGCUGAUUCUCAUCACCACUAAUACCUAAAAAGGAUAUCCAGCUUCAAAAUGGAACACCAAGGAGUCGGAAUUGUAGGUGCUGGUAUUGUAGGCUGUGUGGCUGCAUUGGCACUACAAGCCCGAGGGUUUUCCGUGACUUUAUUUGAGCUCAGGCAAGAUCCUCAACUCGAGCCCGAAAUGAAGAAUCUUCGUUCCAUCAACUUAAGCUUAAGUAACAGGGGAAUUAGAGCCAUGGACAAGGUGGACCCGCUCUUAAGCCAACGUAUUCUCGAGUCGUCGGUGCCGCUCGUGGGAAGAAUGAUCCAUGACAGAACUGGUACCAAGUGUGAGUCACAGUUGUACGGAUUAUUUGGUGAGCACAACAACUCAAUUGACAGAAGUGUAUUUAACAAGCUUUUGAUAGAAGAAACACAGCACAGAGGAAUAAAGGUCCUCUUUAAUCACCGGUUGAUAGCGGUGGAAAAUAAGGAUGUUCCCAAGCUUCUGUUUGAUGUUUUGGGAGAAAUAAAUGACUUUGAAUUUGACUACAUCAUUGGCAGUGACGGAGCAUUUUCUCAGUUCAAAUACCAGGUUCAAAAGUCCAUGAGAAUGAACACAAGCCAAGACUACAUCGACAUGCAAUACAUGGAGUUGUACAUUCCUCCUGGACCCCAAAACUCAUUUCUUAUCGAUGCCAACCAUCUUCACAUCUGGCCUCGAGAUAACUUUAUGUUGAUUGCAUUGCCCAACCUGGAUGGGUCGUUCACAUCGACGUUUUUCAGUCCGUGGCACGUGAUUGAGGGAAUCGAGUCUCCUGAGGCGUUUGGGGAAUUUUUUGAAACCCAUUUCCCCGAUGCCGUCAGUUUAUUGGGAAAGGAACAACUUGUAAAGGCAUACAAGGAGUAUCCUAGAGGUGCGUUGAUCCAGACGUCUGCUUAUCCAUACCACUCACCAAACAAAAAAGCCUUAUUAAUCGGAGAUGCUGCUCAUGCUAUGGUACCGUUCUACGGCCAGGGAAUGAACUGUGGCCUUGAAGAUAUCACGGUGUUGCUUGAGUUGUUUGACCAGUACCAGGAUUUGGCCGUCAGUUUCGAAAAGUAUUCCGAGGUAAGAAAAGAUGAUUUGGAUACGAUUUGCAAGUUGGCCAUGGAUAACUAUAAUGAGAUGGCCAGUAAAGUCACCCAAGCAUCGUUUUUGUGGAGAAAAAAAAUCGACUACUAUUUGGGAAAGUAUGCAAAUGGCCGUUAUUUUCAGUGGAUUCCCAUGUACUCUAUGAUCUCAUUCAGAGACGAUAUUUCGUAUUCUAAAGCGGUGGACAUCAGAGACACGCAAGACCGGUUUAUUCGGAGACUUGAGCUCGGUGGAGCAUUGGGAGUUUUGGGGUUGGCCCUAGUCAAGGGCUACCAAGCAUACACUCGGUUUCAACGCAAUUAGUCGGGUUAUAUAGUAAAAAUAUAAUGAUAAGCAGUAA